UUUACGGCUGCAGUGAACAACUUCCGGGUCAGCGGAAAGUUCGCCUGUGCCGCACAGAGCCCAAACUGUCUGCAAAGGAGGGCAGCUGUCUGUCCUGUUGAGCUCCUCCUGCAGUGGAAGUGUCAGGUGUGUGUGGGCACCAUGGCGAGCCUCCUGCGUGUUGUGGCGGUCAGCUGCUCGGGCUCUGUGUUCAGUGGAGUUUCCUGUGUGAAGGUGCAGGGCGGCCGUCUUAUCAAACCGUCCUCCGUGCGCGGUUUUAGGACCCACCAGUCUCUCUGGCGAAGUGCUACUCCAGGUAUUCCAUACAAACAGCUGACAGUUGGCGUUCCCAAAGAAAUCUUCCAGAAUGAGCGCCGUGUGGCGCUGUCUCCCGCUGGCGUCCAGGCUCUCAUCAAGCAGGGCUUCAAUGUGGUGGUGGAAUCUGGAGCUGGAGAGCCUUCCAAAUUCCCAGAUGAACUGUACACUCAGGCCGGAGCAACAAUUAAAGACGUAAAAGAUGUCCUGUCCUCUGAUUUAUUGGUUAAGGUCCGCGCUCCAACGUUUAACCCUGUGCUGGGCCUUCACGAGGUGGAGAUGAUGAAGGAUGCAGCCACUUUGGUCAGCUUCGUCUAUCCGGCCCAAAACCCAGAACUGAUGAACAUGUUGUCCCAGAAGCAAGCCACCGUUGUAGCCAUGGACCAGGUGCCCAGGGUGACCAUCGCACAGGGCUAUGAUGCACUGAGCUCCAUGGCUAACAUUGCAGGGUACAAGGCAGUUUUACUGGCGGCUAACAACUUUGGGCGUUUUUUCACGGGUCAGAUCACCGCAGCUGGAAAAGUCCCACCCGCCAAGGUGUUGAUUAUUGGAGGAGGUGUGGCUGGGUUGGCGGCAGCUGGUACUGCCAGAGCCAUGGGGGCCAUUGUCAGAGGAUUUGACACAAGAGCUGCAGCUUUGGAGCAGUUUAAAUCUUUGGGUGCAGAGCCGCUGGAGGUGAACAUCAAGGAGUCUGGGGAAGGCCAGGGAGGGUAUGCCAAGGAAAUGUCAAAGGAGUUUAUAGAGGAAGAAAUGAAGCUGUUUGCCAGGCAGUGUCAGGAUGUGGACAUUGUUAUCAGCACUGCUCUGAUCCCAGGUAGGAGGGCUCCCAUUCUGAUCACUAAACCGAUGGUGGAGAGCAUGAAGGACGGCUCAGUUGUUGUGGACUUGGCUGCUGAGGCUGGUGGAAACAUAGAGACCACCAUCCCUGGAGAACUAUCAGUACACAAGGGGGUGACCCACAUUGGUUACACAGACCUGCCCAGCCGUUUGCCAACGCAGUCCAGCACGCUGUAUUCUAACAACAUUACCAAACUGCUGCGUGCGAUCAGCCCCGACAAGGACAACUUUUACUUGGAUGUCAAAGAUGUGUUUGAUUAUGGAACCAUGGAUCAUGUUGUCAGAGGAUCCACUGUCAUGCAGCAUGGGAAGAACCUGUUCCCCGCUCCUCAGCCCAACAACGUGCCGUCAGCAGCUCCUCCAAAACCCAAGUCCGUUCAGGAACUGCAGGCGGAAAAGGCUGCACAAAUCUCUCCCUUCAGAGCUACACUUAACACUGCUGGCAUGUACACUGGAGGUGCUGCCACCAUCAUGGCGUUGGGCCUGUCGGCUCCUAAUGCUGCCUUCACUCAGAUGGUCACCACUUUUGGUCUUGCUGGCAUUGUGGGAUACCACACAGUAUGGGGGGUCACUCCUGCCCUGCAUUCCCCUCUCAUGUCUGUCACUAAUGCCAUCUCAGGUCUGACCGCUGUGGGUGGUCUGUCCUUGAUGGGAGGCGGCUACUUGCCAACUUCUACCGCCGAGACACUGGCCGUGCUCGCCGCAUUUAUCUCUUCGGUCAACAUUGCGGGUGGGUUCUUGGUGACCCAGAGAAUGCUGGACAUGUUCAAGCGUCCCACGGAUCCUCCUGAGUACAAUUACCUGUACCUGCUUCCGGCGGGUGUUUUUAUCGGGGGCUACGCUGGUGCUCUGCAGUCAGGAUACAACAUUGAACAGAUGAUGUAUUUGGGCUCAGGUCUGUGCUGUGUCGGUGCCUUGGCCGGCCUUUCCAAUCAGAGAACAGCCCGGCUGGGAAACGCCCUCGGUAUUAUUGGGGUCGCUGGGGGCCUGGUUGCCACUUUGGGGGCCCUGAAGCCCAGCCCUGAGCUCCUGGCUCAGAUGAGCGCAGCCAUGGCUGUGGGCGGUACUGCUGGCUUGACCAUUGCUAAGAAGAUCCAGAUCUCUGACCUGCCUCAGCUUGUGGCUGCUUUUCACAGCUUGGUCGGGCUGGCUGCCGUACUCACCUGUGUGGCGGAAUAUAUGAUUGAGUACCCCCACUUUGCCACUGACCCAGCAGCCAACCUAACCAAAAUAGUUGCUUACCUUGGAACCUACAUCGGUGGAAUCACUUUCAGUGGCUCUCUGGUGGCUUACGGCAAACUUCAAGGUCUUCUGAACAGCAGUCCUCUGAUGCUUCCUGGGCGCCAUGCCCUCAACGCCUCCCUCAUGGCAGGCAGUGUUGGUGGAAUGAUUCCAUACAUGCUGGAUCCAAGUUUCACCACAGGCAUCACCUGUCUGGGAUCUGUGUCUGCUCUUUCUGCUGUCAUGGGUGUAACCCUGACGGCAGCUAUCGGAGGAGCUGACAUGCCGGUGGUCAUCACUGUUCUGAACAGCUACUCUGGCUGGGCCCUGUGUGCCGAAGGCUUCCUGCUCAAUAACAAUCUGCUGACCAUCGUCGGGGCUCUGAUUGGAUCAUCGGGAGCCAUCCUGUCGUACAUCAUGUGUGUGGCUAUGAAUCGUUCACUGGCCAACGUGAUCCUGGGAGGUUAUGGCACAUCCUCCACCGGCACAGGAAAGCCCAUGGAGAUCACAGGGACCCACACAGAGGUCAACGUGGAUCAGACUGUCGACAUGAUUAAAGAGGCCCAGAACAUAAUCAUCACUCCAGGUUAUGGACUCUGUGCAGCAAAGGCUCAGUACCCCAUAGCCGAGCUGGUGAAGAUGCUCAAAGAUGCUGGCAAGCAUGUCAGGUUUGGUAUUCACCCCGUGGCCGGCCGCAUGCCUGGUCAGCUCAACGUGCUUCUGGCUGAAGCAGGCGUCCCCUAUGACAUUGUGCUGGAAAUGGAGGAGAUUAAUGAGGACUUCCCCGAGACGGAUCUGGUUCUGGUGAUCGGUGCCAACGACACGGUGAACUCCGCCGCCCAGGAAGACCCCAACUCCAUCAUUGCUGGCAUGCCGGUGUUGGAGGUCUGGAAGGCUAAGCAGGUGAUUGUGAUGAAACGGUCUCUGGGUGUUGGAUACGCGGCUGUCGACAACCCUAUUUUCUACAAGCCCAACACCGCCAUGUUGCUCGGCGAUGCCAAGAAGACGUGCGACGCCCUGCAAGCCAAGGUCCGCGAAACUCAGAGCCAGUAGGGCGAGCGCUCAGAGGGAUGAGUCAGCGGCGAGCAAAGCACCCCGAAGAGAGACAACCUUUCCCCCCCUCAAACUACUCCAGUGUGAACAUCAUUUCUGCCCACUUGUGAACGGAUUAGAAGAUUAUGAGCGAGACAAAAAGGCUGCAGGUGAACCCUUCCUGUGAUCUAAAAAUAAAAGGAGUUUUGUGCAGUAGGAGCCAAACUGUGCAGGUUUGUAGAUUUAUUUCUCACUGGAGCAACGCAUGUAGAUACAGUUGUUUUCUUCUUCAAACUUCUUUUAUUUUAAGGUCAGUGAGGAAGGGUUGUUGUGAUGUGGGGUGCUGCUCCAAUGUUCAAUAUGGUAUAUUUAUGUAAAAAGCAUUAGGACUGUUAGAUAUCUUAAAUUUCACAGUCAAAAUGUUGUAGAAAAGUAGAUGAAUUGGAGAUUUGUUAAAGUGAUCGUUCAGUCACCAGAGGAACUGACUUUAAGUCGAAGCAUCCACAUCCGUCUUCACUGUAAACAGUUUCUACAGAGUUUCAUUUAAGUCUCUAGUGUUAUUGCAGCUCCCUGUUUUUACCUUGCUAACAUGAACAAAAAAAAGCAAACUAGUGUGAACUUUUAUAGCGUUCCUUCAGUUCCAGUUUUGUUUGACCUCAAAUUUACUGUAAGCACAGAAAAUGCCAAUAUCUUAGUGAUGCUAUAUGCUUUAUUUCCCCGCUUGGAGGUUCUUAUGACCUCCACUGAUGUCUGACGUCCAGCAAAAAUCCAAAAGUAAAAAAAAAAAAAAAAAAAAAGACCAAUUCAAACAAGCUCUGUUGAGCUUCAAGAAACUAAGCCGAGCUUUGAGAUCAUGACUGUGGCCCUUGUCCUGAAAACUGAACCAACUUUAUACUUUUAAAGCAGAUGUGGUCCACCAUCCUCAGUGGUUGACUGUGAGAUGAAAGCUUUUUGCCUUAAAGGUAAAAACAAGUUUCUGUUGUUGUUUUUAUGUGACUCAUCCACUCCAGUAUGUGUCCUCAAUCAAAUGAAGGAUCACUGUAAAAUAGGACCAUGUACGAAUGGAAGUGCAGCUAUCUAGAAAUCCUCAGCACAUGUUUGACAGUAACUUGUUGGUUAAUUUCCUUUCUUUAGCAUUUCCUAUAGGUGAAAUGUUGUGCCAGGCUUUUUCUGUGCACAAAAACAAACUUUGACCCCUGCACAAAUAUUGCUAUAAUUGAAACUUGGUUUGCUUUUUCAUAAUAAGCUCAACAUAAUCGUGAAAACUUGUGUUUGUACAUGUCUUAGAGAAACAAUGGCUAAUGAGGUAGCAUGUUUGACGGCUCUACAAAUACUUUGAGAAGAUAGGGAUUACACUUCCAUAGUGAUAUCUGGUUCAUUGACCAUAGCGACCACCACGCCAGAAAGACCAAUAUGUUUUCUCCAUCCGACCAGUCAGCUUAGUUGCAUCUGCAGUGUGAUCCGACGGCGUUCUUCCAUCCACUUACCUCAUCCAGUCGGCUCUUAAGUUUGCAAAAUCAGGACCAAUCAAAUCACUUUGCUUUUUUUUCUUCAUUUUAAUUCGUCUAUUCAGUUUUGAGUUGAACUUGCGUCGGAAUUAUUUUUGAGUUAGACAAGUAAGCAGUCAGAGAUUUAGUUUGUUUUACUCAAUAUUUUUUUUGUGAAGUAAUAAUGAAAGCAAAUGUAAAGACAAUAGAAAAACAUUUCCCCCUUUGUGUUAAUUCUUAUCUUAAUUUGAUUUAAAGGCCUCACAGCAACAGGGGUUUGAAGCUGAAUGUGUAAAAGCACCACGUUAGGAAGAUGAAAUGUACUGUGAAUUAGUUUUCCCCCCAAUGUUUUGUUUAUCAUGGAACAUUUUCCUCCUAAUAAAUCUGUAUUUACACCAGG